GUCUUUUCGUGUCCGAUUUCGCAAACGCUGCGGCGGUACUGGUGGCACCGCUUGAAAAGAGCAACAGCUGCACAAGACCACCUCUCGCAGGAGGAGGAGCACCAAGUACUUCAACGCCUUCGCCUACAACUUGCAGAAAAGAAAAAUCCCAAGCUGUUCAUCCUAUAGCUGCCAUCUCAGCUUGCCAGUUCGUUCCAAGUGUUUUAAAUGCCAUGUCGGACGUGUUGGAUUUGUCCAAGAUUCCCACCCUCCGUCGCGUCAUUCUGACGGGCGAACCGUUCCCGGCCAAGUACUUGCCUCUGGCGAACAGUAUUCAGUACGUCCUGAAUCACUACGGACAGACGGAGGCUGCGGACACCACGACGCUGCUGCAGAUUCCGCCCGGGGAAGAGGAAAGGAAAAAAAUAAAACGACACGGCGUCGUGCCGCUCGGGC